CUAAAGCGCGUAGCUGCACAGCGUGGUUAGAACAAACCAUCAUUAAUAAUGCCAGCGAGGAUGAUUUUUUUCUGCCUGACACUACUCGAGUUUAUUCUUGCUGCUGCGGACCACACUUGUUUUAGGGUUACUCAAAUACCUAAAAGAGCAGCUGCGAACAGACGGGAAGACAUUACCUUCUACUGUACAUUCUCAAUUUGUCAGCAAAGUUCAAAGCCAAAUGUAAUUUGGUGGAAGCAGGUUGGGAAUGAACGUGUUCAGAUUGAAGCCAGUGGUAGACAACAAUUUGGAUUUGAAAAUGAAGCAACAGCGUUCCUUAGCUUGCUGCGCGUUGAUAUCCAAGAUUCUGGACAUUAUCACUGCACGGUGAAUUACCAAGGAAUCGGUCAAAGAAGCGGAACCCCGUCCCAGCUAUUUGUGCGUGUUGCUCCAGUCCCACUGAAAAUUACGCCCAAGUUACAUGAAGAAAAUUCACUUGUGUCUUUGACCCUUCUGUGUGAAACAGCUGCAUUUUAUCCGGAGGAUUUCACCCUCGCCUGGUAUAAAAACGGCACGAAAACUACAGUCGGUAUAAAUACGAGCAAGGUGCAGAACAGUGAGGGACUGUAUGAAGUAUCCAGUUCUUUGUUUGAUCCUCAUCCUCCCUCAAAUAAUCUCAAGUAUACCUGUGAAAUAUCUCACAUCUCCCUCAAGACGCCUGCUGUUGUAACCCACAGUAUUUCCACAUUUGGCGGAUUCCAAAAAGAGGAGUGCAAUACUCCAGUCGUCUUAUGGGCCCUAAUUUCAAUCAUGGUGGGAUUUGCGCUGGUUGUGCUAAUGGCUGUAAUUGCAAAGCGGCAUGGACUUCGGUUUAACAAAAAUAAAGAAGAAUGCACAAGGCAACCGGAUGAUCGUGACAAAGUGGUUGCCGUGGCUCAAGAUGUGCAAUAUUCUGCAGUCCAUUUCAGCAGAGACAAAACAGCUUCAACACACACAUUUCAAACAGAGAGAAACAUGAAUAAUGAGGACCCACAAGACGCAAUCGGUAAUACGGUGACGUACACCACACUAAUGCUGAAUAGUUCAGUGAAGCCGGAGGUGUACCACAUUCCCAAAGAAGGCACAGAGUACGCUGCGUUGCAGACUGGAAGACGAAAAUGAACUGCCUGAUCUCUGACAAUGACAGGAUAUUAAACCAUAAGGAUAUCGACCAUCCACACCAGUAUAUUUGCAUGGAGAGGCUAAGGAAAUGUGUCAGGAUAUCUCACCAUGAAGGACAAAGAUGUCAGCAUAAGGCAUUGCUCAACAUUCACAUUGUUCAUUUCCCUUCACAGGAUUUCGUUUCCUUCCUGUCCCUACCACUAUGUCAAAGCGUUGUCCCUGGUUUCAUCAGAGGGAACUGGCCUCAGCAGUGGAAACUGUAGGUCUUGGACGUUUUGUAAGGAACGCUGGGAUUUCUGUGUCAGAAAUAAUGUUUUGAUUGCAAAUUUGAAUGUUAAAUAGCUCAAUCGUAAGGCAAUACAAAAUUAGAAAUUUUGUGCUUAACAUUUCCGCAUUUAUCCCAACUUUCACUGCAACACCAACAAAGAAUUGUUCUAUUUUUCGAUACAA